UUAUUUCCUGUGUGUUGGGAGAAUGGAGAGAAAAAACCCGGAGCCGAGCCGCUUUCGGCCCCUGCGAGGCGGCCGCGGCCUCCGCCGGGGGAGCCCGCCCUGAGGCGUGCCUGACCGGGGAGCGAGCGCGCGGGCCGGAGCGAGGCUCGAGGGGCCACGGCCCCGGCCCGCCCCGCCGCCGGCCCGGGCGCCCGAGCUGGAGGCGGCGGAGGCUCCCCCACCCCCACCUCGCGCAGCGCCGCCCGCCGCCGCCGCCGCUCCCUCCCCUCCCGCCCCCGGCCGAGGCCGAGGGACCGGGCGGGGGGCUCCCGCAGGAGGGCUGUUGGCCUGCUGCCGUGCUGCUGAACAGUAUGCAGUCCUUCCGGGAGCAAAGCAGUUACCACGGAGACCAACAGAGCUACCCGCAGGAGGUACACGGCUCAUCCCGGAUAGAAGAGUUCAGCCCUCGUCAGGCCCAGAUGUUCCAGAAUUUUGGGGGUGCAGGUGGCGGCAGUGGUGGCAGCGGCGGCGGCGGCGGCGGUGGGCGACGAGGAACGGCGGCUGCGGCAGCGAUGGCUAGCGAAACCUCUGGCCACCAGGGCUACCAGGGUUUCAGGAAGGAGGCUGGAGACUUUUACUACAUGGCGGGCAGCAAAGACCCCGUGACGUCGGGAACCCCGCAGCCGCCUCAGCGAAGGCCUUCAGGGCCUGUGCAGAGCUACGGACCCCCCCAGGGGAGCAGCUUUGGCAAUCAGUAUGGGAGCGAGGGUCACGUGGGCCAGUUUCAAGCACAGCACUCUGCCCUUGGUGGUGUGUCUCAUUAUCAGCAGGAUUACACGGGGCCCUUCUCUCCAGGGAGCGCUCAGUACCAGCAGCAGGCCUCCAGCCAGCAGCAGCAGCAGCAGCAGCAGCAGCAGCAGCAGCAGGUACAGCAGUUGAGACAACAGCUUUACCAGUCCCAUCAGCCUCUGCCGCAAGCCACUGGCCAGCCGGCGUCCGGUUCGUCCCAUCUGCAGCCGAUGCAGCGGCCCUCCGCUCUGCCGUCCUCUGCUGCCGGGUACCAGCUCCGAGUGGGUCAGUUCGGCCAACACUACCAGUCUUCUGCUGCCUCCUCCUCCUCCUCCUUCCCUUCCCCACAGCGUUUCAGCCAGUCGGGACAGAGCUACGACGGCGGUUACAGCGUGAACGCCGGAUCCCAGUACGAAGGACACGGCGUGGGUUCUAAUGCACAGGCCUAUGGGACACAAUCAAAUUACAGCUAUCAGCCUCAAUCUAUGAAGAAUUUUGAACAGGCAAAGAUUCCACCAGGGACGCAGCAGCCGCAGCAGCAGGCGCAGCAGCAGGCGCAGCAGGCGCAGCAGCACCCCCCUCAGCAUGUGAUGCAGUACGCCAACGCUGCCACCAAGCUGCCCCUGCAGGGCCAGGUGGGCCAGUACAGCCAGCCCGAGGUUCCUGUGAGGUCCCCCAUGCAGUUCCACCAGAACUUCAGCCCCAUCUCGAACCCCUCCCCCGCGGCCUCGGUGGUUCAGUCUCCAAGCUGUAGCUCCACCCCGUCUCCUCUGAUGCAGAGUGGGGAGAGCCUCCAGUGCGGGCAAGGCAGUGUGCCCAUGGGUUCCAGAAACAGAAUUUUACAGUUAAUGCCCCAGCUCAGCCCGACCCCCUCAAUGAUGCCCAGCCCUAAUUCUCAUGCUGCAGGCUUCAAAGGGUUUGGACUAGAAGGAGUGCCAGAAAAGCGACUGACAGAUCCUGGGCUGAGUAGUUUGAGCGCCCUGAGUACUCAAGUGGCCAAUCUUCCUAAUACCGUUCAGCACAUGCUACUUUCUGAUGCCCUGACACCUCAGAAGAAGACCUCCAAGAGGCCCUCCUCGUCUUCUAAGAAAGCAGACAGCUGCACAAACUCCGAAGGCUCCUCACAGCCUGAAGAACAACUGAAGUCCCCCAUGGCAGAGUCGCUGGAUGGAGGCUGCUCCAGCAGCUCUGAGGAUCAAGGCGAGCGUGUGAGGCAGUUAAGUGGCCAGAGCACCAGCUCCGACACCACCUACAAGGGCGGAGCCUCCGAGAAAGCUGGCUCCUCACCAGCGCAAGGCACUCAGAACGAAGCCCCCAGACUCAAUGCCAGUCCUGCAGCCGGAGAAGAGGCUGCCUCACCAGGCGCUAAGGACACACCGUUGUCAUCCGAGGGCAACCCAAAAGUCAAUGAGAAGACGGUUGGGGUGAUUGUCUCCCGGGAAGCUAUGACAAGUCGGGUAGAAAAGCCUGGUGGGCAAGAUAAAAGCUCCCAAGAGGAUGAUCCUGCAGUCACUCAAAGGCCACCCAGCACUGGUGGGGCAAAGGAGACCAGUCACCCAUCAGUUCCACAGCCAGAGCCCCCGGGGGGAGGGAGCAAAGGAAACAAGAAUGGAGAUAAUAACUCGAACCACAAUGGAGAGGGAAAUGGCCAGAGCGGGCACUCCACGGUGGGCCCUGGUUUUAUAGGCAGAAGUGAGCCCAGCAAAUCUCCUGGAAGCCUGCGCUACAGUUACAAAGAUAGUUUCGGGUCGGCUGUGCCAAGAAACGUCAGUAGCUUUCCUCAGUAUCCUACGGGACAAGAUAAGGGUGAUUUCACUGGCCACGGGGAGCGAAAGGGUAGAAAUGAGAAGUUCCCUAGCCUCCUGCAGGAAGUGCUUCAGGGCUACCACCACCACCCUGACAGGAGAUAUUCUAGGAGCACUCAGGAGCAUCAGGGCAUGGCUGGUGGCCUGGAAGGAGCCACGAGGCCUAACGUCUUGGUCAGUCAAACCAAUGAAUUGGCUAGCAGGGGCCUUUUGAACAAAAGCAUUGGGUCCCUACUAGAAAACCCGCACUGGGGCCCCUGGGAGAGGAAGUCAAGCGGCACGGCUCCUGAGAUGAAACAGAUCAAUUUGGCUGACUAUCCGAUUCCCAGAAAGUUUGAAAUAGAGCCCCAGUCAUCAGCUCAUGAGCCCGGGGGUUCCCUCUCUGAAAGAAGAUCAGUGAUCUGUGAUAUUUCUCCACUAAGACAGAUUGUCAGGGACCCGGGGGCUCACUCACUGGGACACAUGGGUGCUGACGCCAGACUUGCAAGGAGUGAACGGCUCAAUCCAAGUUUAAGUCAGUCGGUCAUUCUUCCGGGUGGGUUGGUAUCCAUGGAAACAAAGCUGAAAUCCCAGAGCGGGCAGAUAAAAGAAGAAGACUUUGAACCACCCAAAUCUCAAGCUAGUUUCAACAACAAGAAAUCCGGAGACCACUGCCAUCCUGCUAGCAUCAAGCACGAGUCUUACCGCGGCAAUGCCAGCCCUGGAGCAGCCCACGAUUCCAUCUCAGACUAUGGCCCACAGGACAGCAGACCCGCGCCAAUGCGGCGGGUCCCUGGCAGAGUCGGUGGUCGGGAGGGCAUGAGGGGUCGGUCCCCUUCGCAAUAUCAUGACUUCUCAGAAAAACUGAAGAUGUCUCCUGGGAGGAGCAGAGGCCCAGGGGGAGACCCUCAUCACAUGAACCCACACAUGACCUUCUCGGAGAGGGCCAACCGGACUUCUUUACACGCUCCCUUCUCUCCCAACUCAGAAAGCCUGGCCUCCGCUUACCACACAAAUACGCGGGCUCAUGCUUAUGGGGACCCCAACGCAGGCUUGAAUUCUCAGCUCCAUUAUAAGAGACAGAUGUACCAACAGCAACAAGAGGAAUACAAAGACUGGAGCAGCAGCUCUGCUCAGGGAGUAAUCUCUGCGGCACAGCACAGGCAGGAGGGACCACGGAAGAGCCCGAGGCAGCAGCAGUUUCUCGACAGGGUGCGGAGCCCCCUGAAAAACGACAAAGACGGUAUGAUGUAUGGCCCACCAAUGGGGACUUACCACGACCCCAGCGCUCAGGAAGGCGGGCGCUGCCUCAUGUCUAGUGACGGUCUGUCUAACAAAGGCAUUGAAUUGAAGCAUGGCUCCCAGAAGCUACAACAAGAAUCUUGUUGGGAUCUUUCCCGACAGACUUCUCCAGCCAAAAGCAGCGGCCCUCCGGGAAUGUCCAAUCAGAAAAGGUACGGACCCCCCCAUGAGGCCGAUGGGCACGGGCUCACCGAGACCGCACAGUCAUCCAAACCCGGCAAUGUUAUGCUCAGGCUUCCAGGCCAAGAGGAUCAUUCUUCUCAAAACCCCUUAAUCAUGCGGAGGCGGGUGCGUUCCUUUAUCUCUCCCAUCCCCAGCAAGAGGCAGUCACAAGAUGUGAAAAACAGUAACACCGAAGAUAAAGGGCGCCUCCUUCACCCACCAAAGGAAGGCGCCGAUCGAGCAUUCAAUUCCUAUGCGCAUCUUUCUCACAGUCAGGAUGUCAAGUCUGUCCCUAAGAGAGAAUCCUCCAAGGACCUUCCGAGUCCAGAUAGCAGGAACUGCCCUGCCGUCACCCUCACGAGCCCUGCUAAGACCAAAAUACUGCCCCCUCGGAAAGGACGGGGGUUGAAACUGGAGGCUAUAGUUCAAAAGAUCACGUCCCCGAAUAUUAGGAGGAGUGCAUCCUCGAACAGCGCGGAGGCCGGGGGAGACACCGUUACUCUCGAUGACAUACUGUCUUUGAAGAGUGGCCCUCCCGAAGGUGGGAGUGUGGCUGUUCCAGACGCCGAGAUGGAGAAGAGAAAAGGUGAGCUGGUAUCUGACCUAGUCUGUCCCACAAGCCAGGACUUGAACGUAGAAAAGCCCCUGGCGAGGUCUUCCGAGGAGUGGCGUGGCAGUGGGGACGACAAAGUGAAGACCGAAACACACCCAGACACGGUCACCGCUGGAAAGGAACCCCCUGGCACCAUGACGUCCACCACCUCACAGAAGCCUGGGAGUAACCAGGGGAGACCAGACGGUUCCCUUGGUGGGACUGCGCCUUUAAUCUUUUCUGACGCAAAGAAUGUACCUCCAGCGGGCGUGUCGGCCCCUGAGGCAAACCCCAAGGCUGAAGACAAGGAGAGCGAUACAGUGACGAUUUCCCCCAAACAAGAGGGUUUCCCCCCGAAGGGGUACUUCCCGUCAGGAAAGAAGAAGGGGAGACCCAUCGGUAGUGUGAACAAGCAGAAGAAACAGCAGCCACCACCUCCACCCCCUCAGCCCCCUCAGAUACCAGAAGCUUCUGCAGAUGGAGAGCCAAAGCCAAAAAAGCAGAGGCAAAGGCGGGAGAGAAGGAAGCCUGGGGCCCAGCCAAGGAAGCGGAAAACCAAACAGGCGGUUCCCAUCGUGGAACCCCAAGAACCUGAGAUCAAACUAAAGUAUGCCACCCAGCCACUGGAUAAAACCGACGCCAAGAACAAGUCUUUUUUCCCUUAUAUCCAUGUAGUAAAUAAGUGUGAACUUGGAGCCGUGUGUACAAUCAUCAAUGCUGAAGAAGAAGAACAGACCAAAUUGGUGAGGGGUCGGAAGGGUCAGAGGUCUCUGACCCCACCGCCCAGCAGCACUGAAAGCAAGGUGCUCCCGGCUUCGUCCUUCAUGCUGCAGGGCCCCGUCGUGACAGAGUCUUCUGUUAUGGGGCACCUGGUUUGCUGUCUGUGUGGCAAGUGGGCCAGUUACCGGAACAUGGGCGACCUCUUUGGACCCUUUUAUCCCCAAGAUUAUGCAGCCACUCUCCCGAAGAAUCCGCCGCCCAAGAGGGCCACGGAAAUGCAGAGCAAGGUUAAGGUACGGCACAAAAGCGCGUCCAACGGCUCCAAGACGGACACUGAGGAGGAGGAAGAGCAGCAGCAGAAGGAGCAGAGGAGCCUGGCCGCCCACCCCAGGUUUAAGCGGCGACACCGCUCGGAAGACUGUGGCGGGGGCCCUCGGUCCCUGUCCAGGGGGCUCCCUUGUAAGAAAGCAACCACCGAGGGCGGCGGCGAAAAGACCGUUUUGGACUCAAAGCCCUCCGUGCCCACCACUUCCGAAGGUGGCCCCGAGCUGGAGUUACAAAUCCCUGAACUACCUCUUGACAGCAAUGAAUUUUGGGUCCAUGAGGGUUGUAUUCUCUGGGCCAACGGAAUCUACCUGGUGUGCGGCAGGCUCUAUGGCCUGCAGGAGGCGCUGGAAAUAGCCAGAGAGAUGAAAUGUUCCCACUGCCAGGAGGCAGGUGCCACCUUGGGCUGCUACAACAAAGGCUGCUCCUUCCGAUACCAUUACCCGUGUGCCAUUGACGCAGAUUGUUUGCUACAUGAGGAGAACUUCUCGGUGAGGUGCCCCAAGCACAAGCCUCCCCUCCCAUUCCCCCUCCCCCCCUUGCAGAACAAGACAGCGAAAGGCAGCCUCAGCACAGAGCAGUCGGAGCGGGGGUGAGGGGGGCAGAGUGCUCGUGGGAAUGGAAAGUACAGCAAGCACAGGUGAGACUGUGGAGAUGAGAAGGUGGUGGACACUCGCGAUGGAACCAGAACCGUCCUGCUGUGCGGCCCCGCCCCGCCCGCCCUGCCCCGCCAGCACCUCCUCCCUAAGUCCUUACAUCACACCCAAACCGUGACACCACAGGAAAGAAAGACCCAAGAAGUUGGAAUGGCUGUUUCCAUGGACACGAUCUCCAUAGUGACAAUGUGGGGGGAGGGGGGUGGGGUGGGAUGAUGGGAAAGGGGGGGUUAAAAGGGUGGGAUAAAAAUAUAUAUAUAUAAAUCUAUUUUUAGUCUGGAAAGACUUUGUUUAAAUGAAAGGUGCGCUAUCCCUUUUGAUUCUAUUUUAAAAUUCUCUAGUUAAAGAACUCCAAAUUUGUUCCAAUAACAGUGAAAUUUAAGUGUGAAAUUGAACAAGCUGGUCUCAUAAAGGACGGGGUGUGGCUUUGAUCUUUAGCCUGCCUCACGCCGGUUCAGAGAGCUGCAGACCCAGGGUUGAGAGAGCAGACAGACCACACCGGAACCAUCCUUUGUCGUUAAUUUGUCUCAAAGUGGGAAGGUUUGGGGGUUGGGGGGGUGGGGGAUGUGGGGACGGUCCGUGUUCUCAAGAGUGGGGGAAUGAUGUUUAAACACAAAUAAAUUUUUUCAUUUCCAGAAACACUAUUUAUUUAUUAUUUUUAAAAUUUUUAUCUUUUUGGGGGGUGAGAUUGGCAGAUGUCCCAAGGUCACAGCUAUGUCCUGGGUCACUGUGGCCAGUGAGAACCACGAGCGCCCCACUAAGUGCGCCCGGCAGGCAGGGUCAGGGGGUGGCCUGCCUCUGGACGCAUUCCUGGCAGCUGUACCCUGUUCCUCCCCCCCCCCCCCAGGCCGAAGGACGGGACAGGAAAUCUAAGUUGUAGGACUCGGCACACGGGGGAGGGGCUGUUGAGUGCCAUCAGUGUGGUUAGGCUGACCAGGAACACCCAGUUAGCCCUUUUUUCUUUUGCUUUCGUUUUUAUAAAGGAAAAGGGGGCCUGUCAGGUGAGCAGCUCCACGCUACAUGAUUCUUUAUGUUGUAUUGUUUUGUUUUGUAAAUUGUAUAAUUUUUAAAUAUCUGAGUUUUAAAAAAAGAAGAAAAAAGUACAAAAAAAAUCUUGUUAAGGCCUUAAGAAGGGGUUAGUGCAUCUUUCAGGGGUCACUCUGCCGUGGGGAUAAAAUGGCUGUUUCACAAACAGUUUUAUUUAAAAAACAAAAAAAAAAAAAUCAAAAAAUAAUAAACUUCAUUUUAACCUUG